AUGAGUCUUCCUGCUUACUCUGAUUUGAAUUCUACUUGGAAUUUUAUUCAACCAGGAUUAGAGUUUAUUCUUGGUGCUCAAGGAGACCAAGGCGUCACCUCCAAGAUGUACAUGCAUUGUUACACUGCAGUCUAUAACUACUGUGUUAACAAAUCAAGAAAGAGUGAUGCAGGCUCUUCACUUGCAUCCAGUUAUGCUCCUAAUGCUGACAAUAAUAGUUAUUCCUUGGCUGGGGCAGAAAUUUAUAGUAAAUUGGAAACUUACUUGACUCAAUUCAUUAAAGGAUUAAAGAAGGAACCUCAUGAAUCUUUAUUGGAAUUUUAUGUACGUAAGUGGACUCGAUUCACCAUUGGUGCUGUCUAUAUGAAUAACGUGUUUGACUAUAUGAAUAGAUACUGGGUUCAAAAGGAAAGAUCCGAUGGUAGAAGAGAUAUAUAUGAUGUCAAUACUUUGAGUUUAAUUAAAUGGAGAAAUGAAAUGUUUCAACCAAAUUCCGAUGUUUUAAUUAAGGAAAUUUUAGAUUUGAUUGAAAAGCAAAGAAAUAAUAUGAUUGUUGACACAAGUUUGAUUUCCACCGCCAUCAAAUCAUUAGUGUUUUUAAGUAUUGAUGCUAACGAUUUGAAGAAACCAAAUUUGGUCAUCUAUGUCAACUCAUUUGAAAAGCCAUUUUUGAAAGCCACUGAGGAGUAUUAUUCCCGUGAGUCAAGUAAAUUUUUGGCAGAACAUAACGUGGUAGAUUAUAUGAAGAAAUGCGAAGCAAGAUUAUCUCAAGAAAUUUCAAGAUCAAACAAUUACUUGGAAGAACACACCAAGAAUCCCUUAUUGGAUACUUUAAACAAUGCAUUGAUUAAGAAUCAUGCCCAGGAAAUGUAUGAUCAAUUCUUGAUAUUGUUGGAACAGAAUCAAAUUGAACAUAUUCAAAGAAUGUAUAAGUUGUUGUAUAAAGUGCCAGACACUUUAGUACAUCUAGCUGAUACAUUGGAAGAAUAUAUCAAGAGAGAAGCUGGUAAAACUUUGGAAGAAAUUAAAGUACAAGCCGAAUCUCAAGCUGCUACUGCUGCUUCUACAGAGGGUACUCCUGGUGUCAAUGGUGCACCUACUAGAUCAAGAAGAUCCGCCGGUAGCGGGGUGGCUAUUGAUUAUAAAACCUACAUCAAUACUUUGAUUGCCAUCUACAACCAAUUCAAUGAUGUUGUGAUCAAGGCGUUUAGCAAAGAUACUCGAUUUAUUAGAUCUUUGGAUAAUGCUUGUCGACACUUUGUUAACAAGAAUCCAAUCGCUACUCCAACUACUAGAUCUAAUUGUAAAACACCAGAAUUAUUGGCCAAAUAUGCUGAUGGAUUCUUGAAAAGCACUAGUAAAGAAGCAGACAUUCUUGACAUGAAUGCUGACAAUUUAAUGAUUGUUUUCAAGUUUAUCAACGAUAAAGAUGCAUUUGAAGAACACUACCGUCGUCUGUUAGCCAAGCGGUUGAUCAACGGUACUUGUAAAUCUGACGAAUUGGAAGAAAGUAUAAUCCAUCGUUUACAAGAGGAAAACUCCAUUGAGUACACCUCGAAAAUGACUAAGAUGUUUUCUGAUAUGAAAGCAUCAGAAGACUUGAAGGCAGAUGUUAGAAAUCAUGUUGGUGAAAACUUGGUUAAGGAAUUCAACCCAUUAAUUUUAGCUCAAAGUAUGUGGCCAUUCAAGUAUCUUGAUGAUUAUAAUUUGAAUGUUCCUAGUGAAUUACAAGCACCAUUUGAAAAAGUCAUUGAAAUCUAUGGCAGUAAACAUAGUGGAAGACAAUUGAAGUGGUUAUGGAACCACGGAAGAGCUGAAUUGAAGGCUAACUUGUCAAGAAAGGGUAAACCGCCUUUCUUAUUUACCGUAUCCAAUGUUCAAUUGAUGAUUUUAAUUGCAUUCAAUAAGAAGAAUAGUUACACAUUUAAAGAAUUACAUGGAAUUGUUGGUACAUCGAGAAACAUUUUUGAAGCUCAUUUAUUACCAUUUACUAAAUAUAAAUUAAUGGAUCAAUCUCCACCAUCCAGCGGCCCAAAUGCUGGUUUCAAUGAUGAUACCGUUCUCACUAUUGUUGAAGAAUAUAAAUCCAAGAAAUUAAAGGUUAAUUUCAUCAGUAAUAUCAAGACCAACGAACCUAAACAAGAAGAAGACGAAGCCAAUAAAGAAAUAGAUGAAGCAAGAAAGAAUUUCCUUUCUGCUUGUAUUGUCAGAAUCAUGAAAUCAAGAAAAGUAUGCAAGCAUAAUGAUUUAAUCAAUGAAGUUAUGCCACAAACAUUAUCUAGAUUCAGAGCUAAACCUCUUGAUGUUAAACGAGUCAUUGAUCAAUUGAUUGAAAAAAAAUAUAUCAAGAGAAUUGAAGAUAACUGUUAUGAAUACAUGACAUAA